AUGUAUUAUCAUCAAACCAAAAGUUUUUUUUCACAAACUACAGAUAAGUGGAUUACCUAUAAUGCUGCUGUACAUAUAUAUCUUGUUAUUUAUAACAAAUGUAAAAGGAUCAGGAAGAACUCUUCAAUGCUUCAAGAAUGUUUACAGUAUAGCCAGUUUUAUUGGUCCGCAGUAUUUGGAAAUGUGUAUUUCACAAAGCAUGGCUCAAGUCUUACAGUAACUGGAUAUUUAUCAGGUUUUCCGCGAAAUAAAUGGUUGGGUGUUCAUAUACAUGAAUAUGGUGCAUUAGGUAAUGAAUGUAAUGACGCCGGACCACAUUUUAAUCCGUUUAACAGUGACCAUGGUGGACUAACAGGUUCACCAAGACAUCCUGGAGAUUUUGGAAAUCAUUAUGUAGAUCAAAAUGGUAUUUUGACUCUUGAUUUCGAUGUUGAUAUUUCUUCUAUUACUAAAUUUAAUGGAUUUAUUGGAAGAUCACUGGUUAUCCAUGAGAAAGAAGAUGACUUAGGCAGAAUGGAUGAUGAUGGAAGUCGCAAGACAGGCAAUUCCGGCAAACGUUUAACAUGUGCUGUAGUUGGUGUUUGGAAAGCUCCAUAAACUAGUUUUGGAUCAUUUUUCAUAUUUAUUUACAUUACUAAAAUUUGCACUGACAUGUGACUAGGAACGAGUCAAUAUUUAGAUUAUUCUUUCACAUAUACAGCUAUAAUGUAAAGUUGAGCUGAAGAAAAUUUUUGCCAAUUUAUUUCAAAUUUAGAUUAUAACCCUUUGAAGCCUUUUACAAGACUGUGAGCAGAAUAAACAUGCCAGUGGUAGAUUAACAUCGCUGAUGACUCUUCUUAGUUGAUUACAUGAUUAGUUAGCUGUAUACAGGGAAUUUCUUUUUAAAUAAAUAUCAUCUCAAAAGCUUAUCUGACCAAAAUAUCUAUCUGCUGAUUUGUGUUAAAACAUUUGAUUACUUAGGGUAAUAAUUCACUGAACCAAAAUGAUAAAAACAUUUGAAAAACUAUUCAAGUCUUAUUUUCCUUCAUAUUCAAUCAAUAAUUACGACGAUAUUGACGUUUGUAAUUUGAAGUGUCAAUAGUUAUUGUUAUUUGUUGUUUA